AUGUCUGAGCCUAUCCCCGAAGCUAUUCCAACUUCUGCCGACCCGCGCUCCAAGCGACCAACCAAAAAGCGCGCCCUCUCACCGCGCGCCCAGACUGCCGAGCAUAUUAAUGCGCUCUUCGCGAAGCCAGAGUUAGCUUGUGCCACUAGGCAAAUUGGGACGACGGCUUACUCUCAUCCGCCGCCACCAGAAAUCGUUCAGAAUGUGCAGGGUUCGAGUGCCGGUGCGGGAUCAGGAGAAUUCCAUGUGUACAAGGCUAGCCGGAGAAGAGAGUAUGAACGUCUGCGCGACAUGGAAGCUGAGGUUGAACAGGAAAAAGUAAAUGAACAAUGGGAGCGAGAGAAAAAGGAAAGAGAGGAAAGAGAUCGAGAGAGUACCAGAAAAAAAAGAGAAAAAAGAGAUCGUAUGAAGCACCGGAAGCAAAAAGGUGGAUCUAAGGAGGGUGAAGAUAAAAGCAAAGAUCUUCAAACCAAUUCUAUACAACCAACUGCAACGGGUCAGAACCAGCCGCCGGCUUCUGAUGCUGAAUACCAGGCAUUAAAUGUUCCAGAGGAACUGGGAAUUAUUAUUCACGACGACAAUUAG